CCACCCCGGCCCUGCAAGGCAUUUUGAGCUUAAAGCUCUCGAAACCUAAUGUUAUGGAAUACUUAGUAGGCAGCCACCCUCGCCUUCGAAGCCAUGCUAUAGCAGUGUAGCCCUGCCCCAACAACAACAUUUUCGGCAGCGCAAGCUUUCGCUCUAUCACAAAGAAAAAAAAAACCCCCCAGACCCUUGCGCCAGCGAUCCUGCCUCGGGCUUGCAUGGGCAUCGGCAGCACGACAUGGAAGCUCCGGUAGAAAAAGAAAAAGAGCAUGAGCGCACGGCUCACAUCGACAUCGUCGACGACAGACCGUCUCCGCAGGUCGACGGCGAGCCCAGCCCUUCUCUCAAGGACAGCAAAGGAUGGGAUGGCAAGCUUCGCAUUCCCAAGUCGGCGCUCAUGACCAACCCGGAGGCACUGUCAGACCCGGAAUACUCAGACGACAGCAAUGUCCUGCACGGCGAGGAGAUCCGAGCAGAUGAGAAUUUACUCGACAGCGAAGCUUCUGAUACCGAGGAGAUCAUGGUCUCGCACUCUCGCAUCGCGUCGAUACCUGCUCUACGACUGGAGCGCUUCAAGAACGUGGCCCGCAUCUGCCUCCGACAAAAUGUCAUUCAAGAUAUCGAGAGCCUCGACAGCCUUGCCGAUACUUUGGAAGACCUUGACUUAUAUGACAACUUAAUCGGACAUAUUCGAGGACUAGACAGCCUGACAAAGCUUACGAGCCUGGAUCUCAGCUUCAACAAGAUCAAACACAUCAAGCACAUCAAUCAUCUCAAGGAACUGAAGGAGCUAUUCCUGGUCGCCAAUAAAAUUAGCAAAAUCGAAGGUCUUGAAGGCCUUGAUAAUCUGAGAUCUCUGGAACUGGGCUCAAACCGUAUUCGAGAGAUCCAGAAUCUCGACAGCCUUAAAAACCUAGAAGAGCUGUGGUUAGCGAAGAACAAGAUUACGGAUCUGACGGGGCUUGGUGGGCUUCCCAAAUUGCGUCUCCUCAGCAUUCAGUCCAACCGUAUCCGAGAUUUGUCUCCCCUGAAGGAGGUGCCCGGUUUGGAGGAACUCUACAUUGCCCACAACGCUCUCGAAUCUCUUGAAGGCAUUGAAAACAAUAUCAAUCUCAAGACACUUGAGAUAUCCAACAAUCAAAUCACCAGUCUCAAGGGUGUGGGCCCUCUAAAAGACCUUGAAGAGGUGUGGGCUAGUUACAACCAAAUUGCGGACUUUGCCGACGUCGAGAGGGAGCUGAAAGACAAAGAAGAUUUGACAACUGUGUAUUUUGAAGGAAACCCUCUUCAGCUUCGUGGCCCCGCUCUAUACAGGAACAAGGUUCGGCUGGCACUGCCGCAAGUCAAGCAAAUUGAUGCUACAUUUGUCAGAGUUUAGGGUCAUGUUCACCCUGCCAAUUGGAGUAUAUGAUAAUGGCGGAACGGGCUAUUUCUGGGGGAAACAUUUACGGCGUUUAUCGGGCUAUUUCAUAUAUGCUAGCAUCAUUCACUAGAAUAAUGCAGACAUCUGUGUCACAUUGAUUUGAAACAUC